ACGACAUUUUCCAUGACAGAUAAAAUUAUUUCGUUCCGUUCACAAUCUUAUCAACAGAUUACGCGGUUACCACUGGUAACUUACCAUCCGACUCCGACCUUGGCGCUCGUCUGUGAAAUGUAAAUACUAAAUAGUGUAAAUAGUCAUUCGUAGUAAUGUAUGGCAGGCAUGUACUGUGUACCGCGUACGAGUUUUGUUAUUGUUUAUUUGUUGUUUAACGCACGCGCACGCGCACCUCCUCGACUGUAUUCCAACCUGUGGAAUGUGGAAAUCUGCGUUUUUUUUUAAAUGGUCGUUUUUUUUCGCAUGUACAUAAAUUUAAUAAUACUUUAAUACAGCAUUUUAAGUUUAUGUCAUUAUUACUUACUUGAAUUGUAGAAACAAAAGCAAGAUACGAACGAUACGGUUAUCCAGUUACGUUGGAUUUUUUAUUUUUUUUUUUGAUCGAAUUUUAAGUUUAAUUUAGAUAAAUACCUAGGUACUGAUGUCUCUUGCAAGGCGCGAAAAGCAGUUGUUGUUUACAACUGCUGUAGUAUUAGGAGCUUUAAUUGGCCAUUUGAGCACUGGCCGUUCGAGCUCUGGCAGGGGGUCAAAUUUGUCAAUAGGGCCCAGAUAUAGUCAAACUUUCUUGUUUGGAUCAAUGUGGUUGGGAAGGGUUGGGUCUCAAACAAAGGAAAAUGUACAGGGUCGGCGUAAUCAAGACUCGAGUGUUGUAUUUGUCAAUGAUGUCGAAAGUCGAAGUCAAUAUAAAGACAAACUUGAUGAGUCAGAAAAAUCUCAAACACCACCAGUACAUAAAGAUGUAAAAUUGGUGCGCAAGAACUCUUUUCUCCAUUCAGCAUGGGUUAUCAUUGCAAUAGUGUUAACUAUUGUAUUGGGUGCCGUAGCCGUCUACUAUUGGAUACUGUUUUAUCCGAUUAUGUGCAAGAAAGAGCGCAAGUAUGAUGUUAUGCAAAUGUCUGCCAAACCAUAACGACCAAGCAUCCAAUUCAUCAACAAUUAAGAAAUAAACAUUACAUUUCCAGGUGGUGGCAACUUACUGACUCUAAUCUGAAAAUAUUUAUCAGGAUAAUAUGAAUGUAAAACAAUUAUUUGUAAUCCUUCAAGUAGGUUUCCUAUUUUAUUAUUAUUAUUAUUUUUUUUAAGCAUUUUAAAAUUGUUUAAAUUUAUGACUGACUAAAUUGAUAAGAUCUUAAAAUUGCGACUGCCUUUCAACAGUUCCUUAAAUUAAUCCAAUGGGCUAAAUAUAUCUAGAUAUCUUAUACAUUACUAUUGACAAAACAAUAUUUUUGAAAUUUUUGUUUAUUUCUAGGACAUUAAUUAUUGAUUAUUACAUUUUUUUGUGU